UCUACAGGCGAGGGUCGACGCGAACACUUUCGCUCUCAGUAUUACCGCUGAGUACGCAUGUGGUUACACGCUUUUAGGGUUCCGCACACACUUGAUAUUCAUCAUUAAAUUUAACGUAAAAACAAUUAUUUUUUAUUUAAUAUCACACGACUUGUGAUAUAUUGUCGUAGUUUUAUAAUUAUAGACUUCUAAAAAUCAUUGACGUCAAUAUUGUACAGUGGUAAUUAUAUUAUACCUUAUUGUUAUUUGAAUAAAUAAACAUAUUAAAAAGUGGUUCCAAAAAUAUGAAAACUAGUGAGAAGUGGUUAAUUUUAAUUGGAUUAAUUACCAUUCAGAUAUCAGUAUCCGAUAGUCAGCAGCAAGCUAAGCCUACCGGUGAUAAGAAACCGCAAUCUGUACAAGAUUUAUUUAACACAACUUCGUGCAUUCGACCACCCUACAAAUGUCCCCAUCCAAACAUGCAAUUUUAUUUAUAUACCAGAAAAACACAAGAGAAAGGAGAGCUGCUGAAUACAUUAGACAAUGAUUCUCUUACGUACUCGAAAUUUAAUCCCCGACAUCCUACAAAAGUGGUUGUCCAUGGAUUUGGCGGAGGUAGGAACCUAUCUCCAAGUACGGAUAUGAGGAACGCAUACUUCACCAGAGGAAACUACAAUAUAAUUAUAGUUGAUUAUGGAUCUCUAGUAAAAGAGCCAUGUCUCAGUCAGAUUGAAUGGGCGCCACGGUUUGCGGGAUUGUGCAUUGCUCAACUGGUGGAGUACCUUCAAUAUCACCCAGUAAAACCUGUCCCCCCAGAAAAGAUUCACACUAUCGGAUAUAGCGUUGGUGCACAUAUAUUGGGCCUCGUAGCCAAUUACAUCAGUGAUGGGAAACUUGGAAGGAUUACCGGUCUUGAUCCAACGAUAUUUUUCUACAUGGGCAACAACCGUUCUCGUGACUUGGACCAUACGGAUGCUUUAUUUGUAGACAUUCUACAUACGGGCGCUGGUAUACUUGGACAAUGGGGGCCUAACGGUCACGCUGACUUUUACGUUAAUGGUGGUUCUAGUCAGCCAGGAUGUGCUCAUGAUACGAUAUUUCAGACGUUAUCAUGUGACCAUACAAAAGUGACACCAUACUUUAUCGAGUCAAUCAACAGUCCGCAUGGAUUCUGGGCAGGGCCCUGUUCUAGUCUUUUCUCCUAUCUUAUAGGUUGGUGCGAGCCGAAGGAUUCAGAAUAUGUACUUAUGGGUGAACAUGUUACACAUAGAGCACGGGGUGUAUACUAUGUAACGACAAAUGCCAGGCCGCCAUACGCCAGAGGAUUUCCUGGAAAAAGUAGACGUUUACGAUCAAUCACCGGGCCAUACAGCUAAUACAUACUCAUUAAAUAUAUUAUAAUAGCUGAAUUAUUAUUAGUUAUUUAAACAUUUUUCAUUGUAUAAAUUUAAAUUAUUAUGUCUAAAUACUUGUGUCAUUACUUUAAAUUCUUCAUAAUUCAAUAACUUUUAAAAACAGGGAAACUUUUACAUUUAGAAAACAACUCAAAAUAUGUUCCGAUCACAAUGACAAUAACCAUACGAGUACAAAGGCAUUUCAUCAUAUUGUGAAAUAAUUUAAAAGAGAUGGAGUGAUAGUAAAUAAUAAAUAAGCUGGCUAGUAAGUAAUACAUCUAAUGUGUAUGCAAAUAUUAUAGUAGUGCUAAUUAGUAUCAACUCCAGGUUAUGAUUUGUAGCGUGUCUUAACUAGAAGAAUUAAAACAGUAUUUUAAUUUCUGUCCAACUUUUACUAAAAUCAUAAACAAGCUAUUCAUAAUAUCUCUAUUAUAUAAAAUAUUUGGGAUGUAUGUAUCUAGUACCUAUAUAUUAGUGCAUUAAUAAUUUAAAAGUGUUUACGGUACUAUUAUGUUUUCAAGUAUAGAUAUUUAAUUCAUUUCUGAAUAAUCAAAGAAACAUAGUCCUAUUUAAAGUACUUUUAUUGAAAACUAGGAGUACUCAAUACACCUAUAUAUAUUAAAUAUAAAUAUUUUUUUGUAUUAUAAAUUAUUUCUGUAAUUAUAUUAAUGACAAGUGACUCGUCCCGGCUUUGCAUGGGUAGAUAGAAAGAUAAAUUAGUAUUUUAAAUCUUUACCUUAUUUGGAUAAAUAAAACGUAACAAAGAUACUAAGCACAGAGCUCUCCAACCACACCGCGACAUUUUUCUUACGUUUAUCAUUUUUAUACCCGUCGUAACUUUUAAUCGACUUUAAUUAUAAAACUAUCUGGAUAAGGUACUAUAUAUAAGUUACAUAAAAUAACAUUAUAUUACAUGUCAUCAUAUUUCGAUUCUCCUCGUGUUUUGGUUAAUAAAAAAAUGGUAAUUGUGAUUUAACUAUAAUAGUUAGGCAUAUAAUCUCGCAGAUUUUUUUGAGAAUUAUGAUAAGUACUAUAAACAUGUAGUACAUUAUUUUAUACAUCACCAAUAGUUUUCGCUGUGCUCGCCAAGUAAAUAAUUUUAUGGGUGAUUUUUUGCUCCUUUGGUUUACAUUAAUUACAUUAUUUUUAUUUUUUUAGGGAUACCUAAUUUUUUUAUAUAAGAUACAGCCCAUAAUACACUCACUAGAUCAAAAUAUUUUUUUAGUGUAUCCAUUACAAACAAAUAUACAAAAAAUCAAAUCAUUUCUUUUUAUAUUAUAAUCUCAAAAAAGGUAAGAUUAGAUAAGAAUCCGAAUUAAUUUAUAAUAAUUUUAUUAUAGGUUGACAGAGUACUUGCAUACUUAUGUAAUUUAAAGAGUGCAAUCUAGCCUACUGGAUAUAGGUUGUGAGAUGGUUUUGGUAAUAAAUUAUUUUAUAAGGAUUUCUGUUACUCAAUCACGCUUAAAAUGUUCAACCUUAGGUUGAAAAGACUAAAAUUAAUACUAAUAGUUAAUAAUAAUAAUAAUGAGAACAAAUAGCAGAAUACAGAUGGACAAAUAUAUUAUAUGAUAAAUAAAUACUCAAAAUAAUAACUCAGACAUUUUAAAUUUAAUCUCUAUGAAAUAAUGUAGAUUUGAUUAUUGAUUUGGCAUCUCAGUUAUUCCAAUGACGAUAUAUGACGAUUUUCGUUGUUUAUAUCUUAAUUUAUAUUUUGUUAUAAUAACUCCGUGUACAGUAAUUUAUUAUAGUUAAUACUUUGUGAUAUUAUUGUAAAAUAUAAAU